ACGAAAGAGCUGCUGGUAUCAAACUUCCGCAUUCAUUAUUCAAACUUCGCUUCUCCUCUAAGUUAGGCGCAUGUCCAGUUCAGUGCUGGUCUUGGAUCUCUGACGUUGAGGAUAUGCUGUCAUUCUCGGAUGUGGCCAUUUAUUUCUCAAGAGAUGAGUGUGAAUGCCUGGGCCCUGCGCAGUGGAAAUUGUACAGGGAUGUGAUGUUGGAGAACUACAGCAACCUUGUGUUCCUGGGUCUUGCUUCCUCUAAGCCAUACCUGGUCACUUUUCUGGAGCAAAGACAAGAGCCUGCAGAUGUAAAGAGACAAGCAGCUGCCACCGUGCACCCAGGUGUGUCAGGACAAAGUAGAAUAUUUAAAUAUUCAACAUAAAGCCACUGAGACACAAUGUUCUGGUGGAAAUCAUCUAAAGAUCUCAUUUUCUGUCAUUUGCUGUCAUUGGAUGACAUCUACCUGACACUUAGGAUUUGUUGAGUCUCAUAAGCUUUGUUUUUUCCUGUCAUGAGGUUAACUUGUGUUUUCCAUGGCAUCCAAACAGCUAUUGUUUCAAAGUGAUGCUUAUCUUGGAUAUUUAUUUUCUUCAUAAGAUAUGCAUGAAACUUCUUGUCUUAAAUAUUUGAAAUGUAUUAUUUAAUGUUAUACUUAGGAUAUAUAAAAAUUUCAUAUGCAGGUGUUUUCUAAGUUACGCUUCUUUUAUACUUUGUUUUUAUCUAGUCAUAAAAAGUUUAAGAGGCUAAUUUUCAUUUGCAUAAUGCUAUUAUCAGUUUUCUUGAUUGUUACAUGAUUGUAACAUGAUUCUCACCUAUUGUGUAUUUUAAAUUAGGCUUCAUGGGAUACAGGUACAGAAAUUUGAAUGUAGCUCAUCAUUUAUUUUAAAAAUGCAAGUAUGAGAAUGUGGUAAUGCACGACUCUAAUCCCAGCACUCUUGGAUCACUGUGACUUUGAGGCCAGACUAGUCCAUAAAGCUACUUCAGGUCAGCCAGGGCUACACAGAGAAACCCUGUCUUGAAAAAGAAAACAAGGGUCUGGAGAGAUGGC